ACUAUCCUGUUAGCAAUACGGAACUACCUAGUUCCGACUAAUAUCGAACGCGGCAUCUGUCCUGCGUGUACGUUUGCGCCACAACAGAUUGUAGGCAAAUAAAAACGGUGCCCGGUGAUGCUACGUUACAAGAAAUAAACUACUUUGCGGUUUCCAGUGAGUGUGUAGAGCUAGCCAGCUGUAUGAUGUCAAUGGUCUUGUUUGCCUCUGUGGUGCGGGUGGUGGACGGUCUACCCCUGUCUGCCUCCACAGACUACGAGCAGGACAAAGGCCUUCAGGAAACCAAGAAGCAAGUCAAAGCACUGUCUAAGAAACUCAGCCAGUUCCCUGACCGAUGCACUCUGAAGGCUGGACAGUACAAUAUCAAUUUCACCUGCUCUCUGGGUGUGGGUUAUCUGAUGGUUUGUACAGAGACCUACCCCAACGUCCUGGCCUUCUGUUUCCUGGAUGAGCUGCAAAGGGAGUUCAUCGUCACGUACGACGCCAAGCGUGUUAACAGCGCUGUGAGGCCAUACUCCUUCAUCGAGUUGGACAACUUCAUCCAGAAGACGAAGCAGCGCUUCAACAGCCCCCGCUCUCUGUCCACUAAGAUCAACCUGGCCGACAUGCAAACAGAGAUCAAACUUCGACCGCCCUACCAGCUGUCCCCUGAGGACCUAGGAUCCAUCAACGGCUUCUCAUACCACACCCCCUCCAAGUACAAGGGCAUAACUCCCAGCCAACAGCUUGAUCCUGUGACUCUACCUGGCAUCGUCUCCUGUGUGCUGAGCAUCCUCUGUGGAGGCCUCAAUCUACUCCGAGGGGUUCAUGCUAUAGAGAGCACCAUACAGAACGACGACGAAGACUUUAAUUACGUGAUUGCCUUUUUCCUGGGCACAGCAGCCUGUCUGUAUCAGUGUUCCCUGUUUGCGUACUUCUCUGUGUGGAGGAACAGUAAGUCGUUCCUGGCCUUCGCCCUGAUCUGUCUGUCCAACAUGUACCUUUAUGAACUGAGGAACGUGUGGCAGAUCCUCUUCCAUGUGACUGUAGGGGCCUUCAUGACACUACAGAUCAGACUGAGGCAGCCGCAGGGCAAAGCUCCGGACUACAACGUCUGACAAAAACUACAACCAGGAGACUUACAGUCAAAACAAUAAGAAAUAAACAACUUCAGUAUCUGACAAAACCCAACAAAUAUACUAAUUUACAACCAACCACCAACAACAAAACCAUGUCUAAGGCUACGGAGCAAAGAAGUGACUCUGCUCCUGCUCUCUUUAUCAUGUUUCUUCCCCACCACAGCUCAGGACUGUGGGCCAGCCUGGCCCUGCCUCAAUCCCGUUGGUUGCUGAGCUCACUUUAGCGUGGCCUCAAAGUGAUAUGGCCCAAUAGGAUUAAUGGGUGGUGCCACUACAGCCAAAUAAUUGGCUAAUAAUAUUCAUAUGAAUAUGUUUGGGGUAACUAUCAGGAGUCUGAACAGGGGUUUCUGACUUAAAUUGAAUCUCUGGCGUCACAGACAUGUAUAAUUGAAGUCAUUUAGACGCUCUUAUCCAGAGUGAAUACAGGAGAAAUUAGUGUUAAGUGCCUUCCUAAAGGGCAUAUCCACUUUUUUUCUUUAUACCUAGUCGGCUCGGGGAUUCAAACCAGCGACGUUUUGGUUACUGACCCAAUGCUCUUAACCGUUAGGCUACCUGCCACCCCAGUAUCAUAUGUUAUUAAAUCUCUUGGCUCGUAAAGAUUUUGUUUUAUUGAUUUUGAGAAUAAUUUAUUCAAAAUAAUGUGUAUGAUCAUGUCACACCUGUUACUUCCAUGUACUUUGUUGCAGGCUUCAUGAAUAUGCUAUUGCUUGAAAGCUGAGUUUGGCAUGGCAAAUGUAAUGUGGUGGUGUUAUCCCACUGUUUUCAUCACUGGGAGGCCAACCUUAUCAACUCCGUAUCAUCUGCCAGACCUCCUGGUGGCAGUGGUGGUAACAGCAGCCACUGCUGGAAAGGGUUUAAUUUACCUGUGAGCCAUCUGCCAUCCCGAUGUUUCAGGGUAUUACUCUAAAGGCCAGAGUAGGAGAGGAGCUAGACGAGUUACUCAUAUUGUAGCAGAAAUGGUUACUUCCAAAAAUACUCAAUGCAUUUAUUUUCUUUUGCCAUGUAUUUUCCAAUGCAUCAUUUACUUUGCAUAGCUUUUGGAUUAUAAUGUCAGAAGCAGAAAUUACUGAGGACAAUGUCAGUAAACUUCCUAGAAACAUUGUUAAUUUAAUGAUGAGUUAAGGGAUUGUGCCAACAAUGUUUGUUUUUUUGGGGGGGUGGAGUGGCCAGUGUCAGUCAGACUAGAGAUAGUCAUUGCAUGAGUGGAGAGUAUAAACAUGGAACCAAGUAUUAUGAACAUCUGGCAACAAACUACAUGUAUAUCUGGGCACUACUGCACUGAUCCAACCCUUAAGAUUUGUCAUCAACAAUGGCCAACAUGUUUUCUAUUAGCCUGUACAUCUUAGCAGACUGUGGUACUUGACCUUUGUGACCUAAGUUAGCCUCCAGUAUGACAUCUAGGACUUAAAUGUUUUAUUUGAUGUUGGCUGUUUCCAGGGGUGCAACUUUCACUGCGUACAAUGCAUUUUUACCCCCCCCCCCCCCCCAGUUGAAUCACUGGAAUGUGAUACAAAAUGUGUUAACGGUGUGCUUUAGGACCAUGCAGAUGCCUCCGAGCAUUCAGGUAGGGUGUUUAUCCGACUGAAUAAAAAAAGUCUCCCCCCACUUCUAAAACCAAAGUUGCGCCCCUGGCUGUUUCUAAUGACAUACUUUUGCAAUCAAUGUAAUGUAACUAAAUAUACAACAUUAAACAGAUCCUCAUUUUGCUAA